AAGGAAAUUUGAGAAAAAAACAGGAAAAAAACAUGGCCUCAAACAGUUGAAGAAUAAAUACAUGAGUUUGAAAAAAGAGUGGCAAACGUGGACAAAGUUGAUGGAUUCAAGCAAAGGAGUGUCAGGGAUAGGGUUUGACUGUGACACCGGUAUGUUUCAGGCACCUGAGGAAUGGUGGGACAAGAUGGAAUCGAUAAACAAGGUGUGUGCCAAGUUUAGGAAAAAAACCUUGGAACAUCGUGACUUGAUGGAGACGGUCUUCAUGGGGGCAUCAGCUAUUGGUAAGCACCAUUGGACCCCGGGAGAGAAACUUCCUAAAGCUGCUGAUGACUCAUCUGAUUCUAAGCAUAGUUUAGGAGCCCAACCAUUUGUUGAUCUGAUACCCGUAGGAGUACAGGACGUGGAUUCAGAUUCUUCACUGGAACAUGUUCCGAUUGAAAAGGGGAAAAGGAGAAAGACGCUAUCAACAAGUGUUUCAAAGUCGAAAAAGGCAACAAGUGGAACGUCAGUUAUUGCGGAAAACAUGAACAAUCUAACAUAUGUGGUGCAUACGACGAAUCAGCAGGUUACGGUGAGGCACCUCACAGGCAACGAAUCGCUGUACACUAUUUCAGAGUGCAUGUAUCGCCUAACGAGUAUUCCAUCCCUGAUUGGUACGCCGCUAUUCCAUUUCGCCUCGACACUUAUGGAUAACGCAGAUUACCAGGAGGACUGUAUUGGAGCAAUAGACGGAACACAUGUAAGUGCAUGGGUUACGGGGCCAGAUACGACAACAUAUUUCGGAAGUAUGCAUGAUAGUCGCAUCUUCAACGAGAUACUAACAAAUGAUAAUGUCCCAUUUCCACAUCCUGACGAAGGCAAAUAUUAUCUUGUCAAUUCUGGCUAUCCAAACCGGAUAGGUUACUUAGCACCAUUCAGAGGCAGCCGUUACCACCAACAAGAAUUUCGACAUAUUCCACGGAACACGACGACAAACACGCCAAGGGAAUUAUUUAACAAAGUUCACUCAUCGUUGCACAGUGUGGUGGAACGCACUUUCGGUGCCUGGAAAAAUCGAUGGGGGUUUAUUCGAGGCAUGCCUCGGUAUGACUUUGCAAAUGUACAAGUUCUGUUAGUAGGUGCGUCAAUGGUAUUACAUAAUUAUAUACGGCGAAACAUAGGUAAUCCAACAACUGUUCACCCAAUCUGUGACGAGGAAGAGGCUAUGACAAUAGUAAAUGCCAUACCAGAAGUUGAACAUGACGAGGAUGGUUUAAUGGUUGGGGAUGAGGACCCGCAUAUGGCAUUGAUGCGCCUUCACAUACGCGACAAAUUAUGUUACAGGCGUAAUAACGGAACGUUAGGAAAUAUAUAA